AACCAGAGUUCCCUCCACAUAGAGUUUCAAUUAGCGAUACACGCGUGUCACCUGAUGAUUGGUUUUCUACUUGCUUCAAACAACAGAUGAACGUUAUAUAGCCGUUUCAAAAUUCGAUCCAAUUUGUGGCACAUUUUGGAAGCCAUUGAAAACCAGUUAGUUCCAUUUCAAUUUCAAAACCUCUCUUCUCUCUUCACAAUCAUGAAGAAGACGACUCGCCGAUCCAAACAAUCGAGUCCGAUCGAUUCCUCACCUUCCGACGCAACCGAAAAGCAACAAUAUGAAGAGAGGAUUCGUGAACUUGAACGAGAAAACAAAGCGUAUCAGGCGGAGAUUGUGGAAUUGAAGAAACAAAAUGGGAAUGAUUCUUCAGCUUCUAAUGACGGAGUUGAGAAGCUUAAGAAAGAUUAUCUUCAGAAGCUGAAUUUGCUUGAAGACCAGGUAACGGAAUUGAAGAAAAAACUGGGAUCUCAGUCCCAUUUUUCAACUCAUAGGAAAAGAGCGGAUGAAUCAACUAUGCAAUUGCAGAAUGAGAUUCAGAAUUUGAAGGCUCAGAAGGUUCAACUGCAAUGUAAGAUCAAGUUAGAGUCUGUGCGGUUCAGAUUAUGCAAGGCCUUACUUGAAAAGGAAGUUCUUCAGCUUAAGAAGGAGGGAAGAAGGAAUGAAAUCAAGGCUCACAGUUUGCUGACUUCUAAUGAGAUGCUUAAAAUGGUAUUGCAACGGAAGACGGAGGAAGCUUCUGCUGCUAUCAAGCGUCUAAGAGAUAUGAUAGCAACACGAAAAGCUAUAUUAAAUCGUUCAUCUGGUGGCAAAAAUAAAAACAGUCAAGUAAUUCAGGAUGCUGAGCAUGAACUUGAAGCCACAACUCAGUUGCACAAGUUAUGUUCUCAAUAUGAAUCCAAAAUCGAAAAUAUGACUGAAGAAAUUUCACAGCUGAAAGAAGAAAUUGAGAUGCAAAGGCAGGAAAACUCUAAGUCACAGGAAGAAGACCUGGACAGCCCAGAGAAGGAUUUUGAUGAUAUUCAAGAUUUAAAGGAACAAGUAAACAACCUUAGUUGUCUACUUAAAGAAUUACAAUUGCAGAAGCAGAAACACGAUUCCAGGGAUAAGAAUCAGGUCCCAGUUCGUCCUCUUAUUUCUGAAGAAAGCAAUGUCAAGACAAAAAUGAAUACCCCUGAAAUGAGCAGCAGUUCGAAUGAAAAUAGUGUUAGGAGGGAGAGAGCAGGUGAAGGGCUUUGCUGUUCUUGCGGUAAGAGGUCCCUGUGCAAAACUACAAAGUGCAAAUGCCGAUCUGCUGGUGGGAGUUGCGGGCCAUCAUGUGGCUGCACGCGUUCUAAGUGCACAAAUAGGGAAUUAGACACCCUGCCAGAAAAUGAAUCAUCAAAAGCAGAGAAUUCAGAAUGCUCUACGAACAAGGAUGGAAGUGUGAUCGCUUCUGAAGGCGCCAAACUACUACAGAGUGCACUUGUUGAAAAACCUGCCACUCGCAGAGACAACCAACCCCCUAAAAAGAAGCCAUUAUGUGACAUCCAGAACUCACUGGGUAAUUUGGAUGCUCAAAAGCAAGGAAGGAAAAAGAAUGUUCGGAAGCCGGUAAUUCAACUUGUUACCAAGGAUCCAAUGUCCUCAACUCCAUAAAAGUAACAGAAGUGUGAAACAUACGAAAUUGGAACUCAGAAAAAAAAACCAAUGAGAUUGGACCAGGUGAAGAAACCAGCCAGUAAAGAGUAAUUCUUGCUACUACCAUUAGUGAAGCAGCUGAUUUUCGUCAUUUAAAAAGUCCAAUAGAAAGUUAACUGUUUGAUUAACUUGUCAAUUUCACACCCAGUCUUCUUUUCUGGGGACAAUACAAAGAACAGGAAUCAUUUAAUUUGUUAUUCCUGGUUUUUGAAAAUUCAUAAUGAUGCUGAACUGUUGUUGAGUGCAAUUUACAUCGUUAAUUUGGGUCACUUGUUUAAUAUUAUGACAGUGUGGUUUCUGAAUUAAA